CCUCUCGGCAUUUCUCCUGUCGCCUAUUUCCCUUCCCACUCCUCCGUCAUCUCUUCUACUUCUCUCACCCCAUUGCAGGGUUCUACAAAACCCUAAUUCUCUCUCAAUCUAUGGAGUCUCUCGCCAAACUUCACCACCGUCACCAACCCCUCACCCUCUCGCUCAAUUCCCACUGUCCAUCGUUCCCAAAACCCCUUUCUUCCUUCAGACCCCCGCGCCAAUCGCCGCCCUUCAACUUCACCACCCUCACUGUCAGAGCCUCAUCCACAUCGCUUCCGCCGUCCUCCGACCUCCCACCUCACCGAAACCUCCAAAACCCUAAUCCCAUUUCCUCUUUCAAAGCCUUAGCCCCUCUCGCCGCCCCUAUCAUCAAGACGACCUGCGCCGCCAUCGCUGCCGCCGCAUUCUUCUUCAUGAGGUUCAAUCACCGAACCGCUAUGGCCGCCACCGCAGUCGCAUCUUCCACGGUUGAGCCAGUGGAACAAGAAUCAUCCACUGACAGAGUUCCGAAUGAAGAGAAGGAAAGGGUACUUGAAGAGCAUUUGGCCCGGAACCCGGAUGAUGUCGAAGCUCUCAGGAAUUUAAUGGAGGUCAGGAUCAAGUCCCACAAGCUGACCGAAGCGAUUCAGGUGUUGGAGCGCUUGAUCGAGCUGGAACCCGAAGAUUUCGAGUGGCAAUUGCUGAAGGCCAAUGUUCACAGCUACAUGGGUGAGGUCGAACUCGCUAACGCUGAGUUCGAGGACAUUUUGGCGAAAGACCCUUUCAAAGUAGAGGCCUUUCAUGGCCUUGUAAUGUGCGCUUCGCAACCACCGGAGAAAUUGAAGAGUGUGACGAAGAGGGUGGAGGAGGCAAUGAUGAAGUGUAAGAAGGAAGGGAACAUGUCGGAUGUGAGGGAUUUUAAGCUGUUAGUUGCGCAAAUUCGCGUGAUGGAGUCAAAGUAUUCGGAUGCUUUGAAGCUUUAUCAAGAGCUUGUGAGGGAAGAACCGAGAGACUUCAGGCCUUAUCUGUGUCAAGGAAUCAUUUAUACAAUGUUGAGGAAGACUAAUGAGGCUGAGAAACAGUUUGAAAAGUUCAGGAAGCUUGUUCCAAAGAACCACCCUUAUAAAGAGUAUUUUGAUGACAAUAUGUUUGCGACGAAGCUUUUUGGGCAGAAGGUGGAGAGGGAGAGAGCAGCGUCGAAAGUCUGAGGGAACUGGGGUUGCUGAGUUUUAGCUCAUUGUGGUGGCUGGCUUCUGUAAUGUGGUGGUUGCCUCUUGGUUUCUAUCUGCCUCUGUUUUUUGGUUAAUGCUUUGGCUAGUAGUGUUCACUCAAACUGUAGGUACUACUAAUACAUCCUUCUUGUAACUUUCACAUGGUCUGCCCUGGUUCCCAAGUAUCGGUAGCAAUGUCAGUUACAGUCAAUAUUAUGCAGUCAAUUUCUUCUCAGAAAAAGCCUUUAGUGCUGUUUUAUUUUUCAGUAUCAUGUGCGGCUAUUCAUGUCAUGCUGUGCUUGAUUCAAAGUUGUUCCACAUCUCGUUAAGGGUUGAACUUUGUGUGAAUGUUCUUAGCAUGAAAGGCUGGUGCAGAAACGAAGACAGUUUUGCAGAUGGAAAAGUUUGUAUACAUUCUUACUGCAUCCAGGUGAUUUCCAACCAACAUAAUGCUUCUCUCUUCUCCCCCCCUUUUACUGCGGUUAUUCGAUCCAAGAGGGAUCGAGUAGCAGCAGGUUCUCUCCCUGUUACUCAUAUCACCCAGUAUGAUUUAUUAGUAACCUUAACCUGCAGCUGCAAUUGUCCUUGGAAAAAGAUGGCCCACAAUAUAAUGACGACACAAUAUCAAAUAUUUUAUCAAAUACGGUGGGAUAUUGUCAAUGCACUAUCUACCCGAGUCAUGCGCAUAUCCCAGGUGCGCGGUUGAGCAAACAUCCACAAGAUUAAUGGAAGGGAGCUAAACUAAAGCCGAAUUGGCCCCUUAGUCCAUCUCCAACCGAAAGGGCUAACCAUAGUUCCGCCUCAAAAUUAUAGGCUUACAAAAAAUUAUUUUUAAAUGACUAGUGUCAGGGACAUAUAUGUCGUCUCCAAUCGAAGGGGCUAAUCUUAUACUAUAAAUUCAUUAGUUGAUUUAAUUAAAUUACCGUUUGAAGUUUUUGAA